AUUGGUUACUUGAACGCUCUGUUUCGGAGCUCUUCUCCAAGCUUCUCUCUGUUUCUCUCUCUCUUCCUCUCUGAAAUGCGGCCUGAUACUCUGGAGAGAAGCUCAACCCAUGGACUCUUUAAUAAUAAAACCCACGUUUGGUUCCUUUAACUUCAGCUUCUCAAACCCUCAGAUCAAACCUUUAUGUUGUUCGCACAUUUCCUUCUUCAGGUUCACCCACUUCACAAAGCUCAGGACUUCAUCCAUCUCAUUCUCUUGUAGAACUCCAUCAAAUUCAGAAGACCCAAAACCAAAACGUGAUACUUUGGGUCUUCCCUUGAACCCUCUGUUGGUUUUGGUCCCGGUACUUCAAAGCGUCAAAGGUCUAGUAUUUUCCCAAAGCGAGAAAUGGGUUUCGGUUUUACAAGCUCAUAGAGAAUGGGAAAAGGUUGUAGACGAUGGUAGUGUUAAAUACUUGCAGAACAGCGGGCUUGGAAUAGCUUUAUUAAGCGUGACUUCGAAUGCCAAGUUGAAGAUUAGUCCUUUUGUUGCUCAAUUGGCAGCGAACCCGACGUUUGUUUCCGGGUUGUUUGCUUGGGCUACAGCGCAGUCGAUCAAGGUGGUUUUGAAUUUUUUCGUGGAGAGAAAAUGGGAUUUGAGAAUUUUAUUUUCAUCGGGAGGAAUGCCCUCGUCGCAUUCGGCAUUGUGCACGGCUCUGUCGACCUCGGUGGCGCUCUGUCAUGGUGUAUCGGAUUCCCUUUUUCCGGUAUGUUUGGGGUUCAGUCUCAUUGUUAUGUAUGAUGCUAUCGGUGUUCGUCGACAUGCUGGGAUGCAAGCUGAGGUUCUUAAUAUGAUAGUUGCGGACUUGUUUCAAGGGCAUCCUAUCAGCCAAAGAAAGCUGAAAGUACUCCUUGGCCACACUCCAUCACAGGUCCUUGCUGGAGCUGUUCUUGGCAUUGUGGUUGCUUAUUUCUGCUGUCAAGGUGGAUUCAUUGCAAUAUAAAACUGCUUUUGGCGGGGCAAUUUUUGGUCAGAUUUUACCGAUGUGCAGUUCCUGUAAAUUACAAGGCCCUGUGGAGUUAUUAUGUUUUAUUGGUCAUCAAUAUGACACAGAGAAAUUGGAAUAUUGAGAUUGAGAAUCAAAAUGCUAAUUUAUUUUGGGGGAAACUUCUUUUUGCCGUUUUCUUCUCAGCACCUCAAAACUGAUUCAGAGCCCCUAUGAGGCACCAAUUUGCACUCGUUCCUAACUGUAGUCUGCACGGGGGAGAUACCGCUAGUUCUUCGUCACCCUCUAAUUUGCUGCCAUUUUUAUAUUCAAGGAACAAUAAACAGUUGUUGAAAGCUAGUAUUGAUGUCAUUAGGUGGUUGUAAACUCCUGUCAUGCUCUUUCAAGUGGGGCAGAAGAUGAUGUCUGCAUUUUUUUUUUGUUUUGGGGGGGGGUUAUGUUUCAUGGGAAGAGAACAGUAGGGUGGGGUUGUAUCCUUUUGAACAUUGUAAUUCCAUCAUAUUAUUUUUCUCUUUGUUGGAUUCUUAUUUUAAUACACUCAAUCGGAACAACUUCAAUGCC